GAACGCGGCAGUGUCCCAGUGUUGUUUUUGUUGUGCCACCUGUUGCUGCGCCGCCCUACGUGAGGGAGGUGAGGCGAGUGAUGGUCUGGUGCCCCUCUCGCCCCGAACACCACUCAGGGAAAUAACACUGAUAAGGGUUGACACUUCCAGAGGACCAGAUUUAACUCUGCUCAUUAUGACGACUCCUCAGCCAUUUGUGACAAGCAGUGCUGCAGAUGAUGAGUUUGACUACCUGUUCAAGGUUGUUGUAAUUGGGGAUUGUGGUGUUGGCAAGACCUGUGUUGUGCAGCGCUUCAAGUCAGGAAAUUAUGUGGAGCGCCACGGCAAUACAAUUGGUGUUGACUUCUCUAUGAAGUCACUCAUUGUGGAUAGAAAGAAGGUGAAGCUCCAGAUUUGGGACACAGCUGGCCAGGAGAGGUUUCGCACCAUAACACAGAGCUACUACCGCUCAGCUAAUGGGGUUGUGAUAGUGUAUGACAUCACCAAGCGGUCAUCCUUUCUGAGUGUUCAGCGGUGGAUGGAGGAAGUGCGCCGCUACACACACCAGCAUGUGGCCAUCAUCCUCAUUGGGAACAAGUGUGACAUGGAGACCUUGCGUGAGGUAGAGUUUGAGGAGGCAGAGGCUCUUUGUCAGACUGUGCCAGGCAUCCUUACUGUGAUGGAAGUGUCAGCUAAAGACAACACCAAUGUGGAUGACACAUUUGUGCAGCUUGCCACUGAACUAAAGAAUCGCCAUGACCCUCAGCGAGAUCUGCUCCUCACUCCUGACUUGGUGAAGCUGGGCAAGACUGAAUCCCUGAGGCAGUGGCCACAAUGCUCCCUUCCCUGUUUGCAGUGAGGACUGAUGGGUCUUAUAUGCAUGCACACCAACACACACACACACACACACAGACACACACACACACACACACACACACACACUAGUGGAAACAUUUACAUUGUGAAUACAUCAAGUGCAGUUCACAAAGUUUAACCUGAUCUACUUAAAUGUAUGUCAGCUGCCGUCCAUGUGAGCAAGACAACUCUGGGUAAUAAGCAGCAAUGACAGACCUGUUACAAAAUAUUGAUUUACUUGUAUUUUAUCCAGAAGAAAUAAUUGAGAGACUGAAAACUUGUUCUUUGCUUAGAGGUAUAUUCUUUAACAUGAGAGUAAUUUUUGACAUUUGAAAAUGUCAUGGAAGGUGAAAUCUUGGUAAAUGUGUAAUCAAAAUAGAAAAUAGCUAAUGAGAUCUCGGAGAAUCAAAUGCAGUCUUCUAUUUUAUUUGUUCAUUUUUUACUUUGAUUUAAUUUCUCACUUGGGUGUAGCAUAGACCAUGUCUGGUUUCUUAGAGGAAGCACACAUCCACUCACUCACACACACACACACACACACACACACACACACACACACACACACACACACACACACACACACACACACACACACACACACACACACACAGGAUAGUAGGAUUCCUAGCUUAUUUUCCUGCUGGAAAGGCAAAGUCACAAUUUGUUGGCCAGCAUCUCAUACCCAUUCACUGCUAGGUGAACAUGGACUGCAUUAAUGAAGAAGACAAGUCCUAGUUUUUCUCUGCCCAGCCUGGGAUUUGACCCAGUGGCUUCUUGGGCAUGUGUCACCACUACACCACCAUUAACAAAACUCUUGGGUUUAAUGAUGACUGCAUUUGGAUGAGAAUGGCCACUGUAAAAUUAUGUUAUUGUUGUACUUAAAAAGCAUUUCAUUUUGUACAUGGCCUGUGACAUGGUUGUAGAAUAUCAGUAUGUACUAUUGUUAUGUACAGUAUAAUCUUUAUUUUGAACUAAUUUACCUAAUUAUGGAGGUGGAAGAGGAUGGUGUCUCAUUUAGAACAGCUGGUAUGCUGCAUCAAGGGAAAAGGACAAUGUGAACAUAACUAUAGUUAUGUCUGUUACACAUGACUAAAUAUACCUUAAAUGUGGCAUAUCUGAGGAUGAUUGGUGUUUAUUUUAUGUAUUUAUUUAUUUAUUCUUUAAAGCUGCUGAAGAGGAUGUGAAAGUAAUGAAGAGAAACUGGAGGAUGUUGCAAAGAAUUGGUGGAUGGGAAUAGAUGAAUAGAGUAUUUAAAAGAAAUUGCUGCAUAGUGAGGUGGAUGGGAAGCUUGAGAUUGUUGCAUUUAGAAGAUGGUGAGGAAUGAAUCUUUUAGGAGAGUUCAGUGAUUGAAGAGUCAGGAAUUACAUGUGGCAGUGAGAGAGAAGGAAUCAGGGAGGAUAAAGUGAUAAGAAGCUUAGAGAGAAUACAGAGGGAAUGCACAAUAUGGUCUUAAAAGAGGGAGAGAAUACAUCGGUUAGGUGUUUGAUGCAAGACAGAUGUGUGAAAAGUGUUUAGGAAAGGGGGGAAAAAAAAAAAAGGCGGGGGUGCGGGAGGAAGUAUUUGCAGUAUUCAUGGAUUUUGUGAAAGUAAGGGAUAGAUUUGACUGGGGAAGUUUAUAGACUGUUUUGAGAUUAUAUGGACUAGGUUGCAGAUUGUGUGAUUUAUAUAUAUUCACUCACAUGCUAUAUUUUUGCACAUUGCAUGAAGCCUCUACUAGCAUAGGUAAGAUGUAUAUUUAAAUAUCUUAGGAGCUGUAUGAAAAUAAAUCAGUUAUCUUUAGUUUUCUUCAGGGAAAGUCAUAUACUGUUGUUUAGAACUGGUGUGUGAGAUGUGAACAAUCAUAGAUCACUUAAGUUGUCUACAACGAUGUGUGAAACGUGGUAGCUUUAUUAUUAUUAUUUAAUCUUUACUACAGGUAUGCAUAAUUCAGUAUGUAUUUGUGCAGCAGCCUUGAAGCAAGGAUCACUUAUCCUAAGCUCAAAGAAAAGACGAACAUUAACCUUUUAAAAACAUCAUUAGUUUAGUGCUGAAUAAAAGUUCUACCUUAUAUGUGUGAUAUUCAAAUUCAGAGACUGCUCCCAUCCAUCCCAAGCAAUAUGCAGAAAUGUGCAGCUCUUAGAUGUAUUACUAUUAGUGAAAUUGAUCAUAAUUGUGAUGAGCAUCUGUGUAUCAUAACAAUAUACCAGAUCCACAAGGACCAAGCAUGGGUGAAUCUUGAUUUAAGAAUGUACAAUUUACAAGUUUUCAAAGUUAUGGAACUUGUACAGUUAAUCCCAGUUUACAAUUUUUCAUUUAUAAAUAUAUGAUUUAUGGAUACAUUUUGAGGGAUGUAGCUAAAUCCUAAAUCUUGAUUCACCUGAACAGUAUAAUUGUUAAAGUAUAUUGAAACUGGACAGAAGUACAUUAUGGCAACUCCAUCUGUCUCCUUUGAAGAGAUGGAACUUGUGAGAGGCUAAUUUUGAGAGACACACAAUCCCCCAUAUUAUUACUGGGACUAUGUGUUGUGAACAUAAAUUCACAAGUUUUUAGAUUGCAUUAUGGUAGAUCUCACAAAUGUAGCAAGAUAUUCAAUUUAACCAAAUUAAUGGAAAUGCUGUAUUAUCUGAUGAGCCAAGCUGGCCCUUGUACCUGGUGCCAACCAAAGUACAUUUGUGUAUAUAAAGAUACGGUUGUACGGUAUUUGCAGUCAGUUUGCCUGUGUUGCCUAAACCAUGCUGAAUGGAUGGCAAGUUAAAAAUUUGGUGUAAUAAAGUCUUAAGUCUGUCACUUACUGCACUUAAUUUGCACUUUAUAUUUGCCAUCAGUAAAAAAGAAAUAAGUAAAUGAAUGCAUAAUCACUUAUAGUAUUUCAUCAGCUAAUUACUUAUUUAAUUUUCAUUUUAUUUUGAUAUUUUCAUUAUUUUGGUUGUAUAAGAAAUGUUAAUAUGAGUGUAUACUGGUGAGCGUACUGUAUUUCAUCUUUACUGUUUUCUUACAGCCCAGGUUAAGUGACUACAGAUCAUAUAGCCAGCUUUUGUACUCAUCCAUUAACAGUUUUAGUUGCUUAGUUGUACUGACAGUACCACUUAACAGAAUAUUGAAAUACCUAACUACUGUCAUCAGCCACAUUUUUUCUGUUCCAAAUGUAUAAUGUAUGUACAGCUGAUAUUGUAGAAUCAUGGGUAUAAUUGUUGAAAUUUUAUUUAUUUAUUUAUUUAUUUAUUUGUUUAUUUUUUGAGGAAAUAGGAAUUGAAUGGAAUUGAAAUUUUGUUGCUGUGGAAAGCACCUAUGAGCCUUCAAUGUCCAAUUUUGAAAGCUGCCCUUUAUUCUGACCAAAUCAUGACAUGAGCACACACUGAAUAUCCUAAUUUACCCAUCUUACAAAUCAGGCAGGAAAAAUACAUUACCUGCCAAACUAGUACACUUUUCAGUACAAUUCUUUAUUUAUUUAUUUAUUUUUUGUUUCAGUUAAGUAAGUCUACAUCCCAUAACUUUCAGACUUAUACAAGUUUAGAGAGAGAGAGAGAGAGAGAGAGAGAGAGAGAGAGAGAGAGAGAUGUAAGCUCUUGUAUUUAAAGAAAAAAAAAAAAAAAAAAAAGGAAAUCGCUUCAUUCCCCAGAUGAAUUGUCCUUAAGCCUUCUAAGGGAAGUAUUUUUCUUUAAAUUUUGGAGUUAGUGCUCUAAUGAAAUAAAUCUGAUAAGCCCUGAUUAAGAUUUCAAUACUUGUGAGUCUGGAGUUGGAGUAAUUUUGUAGUUAAAAUGUAAUCUUUUCAGGUGUUUGUGGACAUUCACAAAAUUUGUUUCCAGUGACUUACAAGUUCACAAAAUAUUAAUUAGUACUUUAUAAUGUUGGAACUGUGAUAUUCAUGUUCAGAGAAAGUUUGUAAGUACACCUGACUAUGGUAGUGGCAUUUAGCACUGGUUUUGAAUUUAAGAUUUAGAUUAUGUUUUGGAAUUAGGAUAGACCUGAAAUACGUACUAUUUUGUGCAAAGGAUAAAGGAAAAGUUUUUGAGGCCUGUUAUGAUGUUAUCUUCAGGCACCGUUACAGGAUUCUAUCAAUGCUAAAUAAAAUAUAUCGAUU